CACAAACAAACGAAUUUACGAUUGCCUUGAAAACAAGAUGGCGGCCAGUAUGGAAGUCGACGAAACUCCAUCGACAAGCGGCGAUGAAAGUGGUAGCGUCUCCGUCAUGGCGUCCAGCGGAACGACGGGAAGUGUUUCCGUAGCUUUACAUCCUCUGGUUAUCAUGAAUAUAUCAGAGCACUGGACUAGAAUACGAGCACAGGAGGGAAAACCGACCCAAGUUCUCGGGGCUAUCAUCGGCAAGCAGCAGGGACGAAACAUUGAAGUGUUCAACUCCUUUGAGCUGCUCUUUGAUAUGGUGCAUGGAGACAUCAUUGUAGACAGAGAGUACUACAAUACCAAGGAGGAACAGUUUAAGCAGGUCUUCAGUGAUCUAGACUUCUUGGGUUGGUACACCACUGGGGGACCCUGCGAUGCCUCGGAUAUCAAAGUCCACAAACAGAUUUGUGGAAUUAACGAGAGCCCCAUCUUCUUGAAGUUAAAUCCAUUGGCGCGACACAUGGAUCAAUUACCCAUCAGCAUCUACGAGUCAGUGAUCGACCUUGUCAAUGGAGAGGCCACCAUGCUGUUUGUGGAGCUGCCAUACACACUGGCUACGGAAGAGGCUGAGAGGAUUGGGGUGGAUCACGUGGCACGGGUCACCACCAGUGAGAUCUCUGAAAGCUCCUCAGUUCAAGAACAGCUGACAGCACAGCACAGUGCCAUCAAGAUGCUUCACAGUCGAGUCAAGCUGAUUCUAGACUACGUCAAGGCAGUGCAGGCGGGUGAGGUACCACACAAUCAUGACAUCCUCCGUGAUGCUUACAGCCUCUGCCACAUGCUACCAGUCCUCAGCUCUGAGAGAUUCGACACUGACUUCUACAAUCAAUGCAACGAUGUCACCCUAAUGGCCUAUCUUGGGACGAUAACCAAGGGAUGUAACACAAUCAACCAGUUUGUCAACAAGUUCAACGUGCUGAAUGACCGGCAAGGAAUGGGUCGACGUAUGCGGGGUCUGUUCUUCUGAUGUUAACAUCCAUGUAUGUACAUACACUUUCAAAAGCUACUUUCAGAAAAAGAAAGGAAAAAAAAAACCUGGUUGGCACUUUGUCAGAACUGCCGUUUAGUCUACCAUUGGUGUACAUUAUUGCCAGGUUGUUCCCUAGAACCAUGUUUAUUUAUGGAGUUUGUCUCAAUCCGGGGCAAGUUCGUGCAAGAGCUAUUGUUAAUCAUAGUUCAACUAAGUUAGCCCGAACUCUGUUGAGUUGACAAU